GCUGCUGAGCGGGCCAAGGGUGGCCAGAGGCGCGCUCGCACGGCUCUGGGACUGGCAGAGCCGGCCCAGGUCGGCGCGCGAAGCCGCGUCGGAGCGCACAGUACCGACCCACUCAGGUGCUUCGCCCCGCCCCGACGUCCGCGCCAGUGGCCUAACCUGCCCGACUCGCCGAACUCGCCCCAGCUCCCGGCGGCAGCAGGUGGCCCCGGACCUCCCCGCCGUUGCCGCAGCCGAGGUGGGCCACGCGCCCCGGAGCCCUCGCGAGCGGGAUGGAGGCGGAUGGGGACCUGGAGGAGCUGGCUCGGCUGCGCUCCGUCUUCGCCGCCUGCGACGCGAACCGCUCCGGGCGCCUGGAGCGUGAGGAGUUCCGCGCGUUGUGCGCGGAGUUGCGCGUGCGGCCGGCCGACGCCGAGGCCGUGUUCCAGCGGCUUGACGCCGAUCGCGACGGUGCCAUCACCUUCCAGGACUUCGCGCGCGGCUUUCGCGGGGCCCGCCGCGGGGGUCCGCCCCGGCGCUGGGGACCGCGGGAGCCCGCGUCCGCCGCGGCCCGGGUGGGGUUCGACCCCGGGUCCGGCGAGCAGGACGAGGGCGACGAGGUCGCGGCGGCGGCUCUGGCCGCUCCCUGGGACCCGGCGAGCUCCGGCCAGGCUUGGCAGGACUUCCAGGAGCGACUCGGGGACGAGGUCAAGUUCAUCCCCAGAAAAGAGCAAGUUAGUACCUUGUAUCAAAACAUCAACCUCGUGGAGCCAAGACUGAUUCAACCAUAUGAACAUGUUAUAAAGAACUUUAUCCGUGAGAUCAAACUUCAGAGCACAGAAAUGGAAAACCUGGCCAUUGCAGUGAAGAGAGCCCAGGACAAGGCAGCCAUGCAGCUGAGUGAGCUGGAAGAGGAAAUGGAUCAGAGGAUUCAGGCUGCAGAACAGAAGACACGGAAAGACGAAAAACGCAAAGCUGAGGAAGCCCUCAGUGACCUUAGGCGUCAAUAUGAAACAGAAGUGGGAGACCUACAGGUGACGAUAAAGAAACUCAAGAAGCUAGAAGAACAAUCAAAACACAUAAGUCAGAAACAAGAUGUGGCUGCAUUAAAGAAACAAAUUUAUGACUUAUCAAUGGAAAAUCAGAAAGUUAAGAAAGAUCUUUUAGAAGCACAGACAAACAUAGCCUUUCUUCAGAGUGAACUAGAUUCUUUGAAAAGUGAUUAUGCUGAUCAGAGUCUGAAUUCUGAAAGGGAUCUGGAAAUAAUCCGAGAAUACACAGAAGAUCGAAAUAGUCUUGAGAGGCAAAUUGAAAUACUCCAAACAGCUAACAGGAAACUGCAUGACAGUAACGACGGCCUGAGGAGUGCCCUUGAGAACAGCUACAGCAAGUUCAACAGAUCCUUGCGCAUAAAUAAUAUCUCACCAGGGAAUACAAUUUCUAGAAGCAGUCCUAAAUUUAAUCUUCAUUCUCCUCAACCUCUGGGCUAUGACAGGUCAUCCCGCUCUUCCUACAUGGAUGAGGACUGUGAUUCGCUGGCCCUCUGUGACCCCAUGCAGAGGAUGAAUUAUGAUGUUGACAGCCUGCCUGAGAGCUGCUUCGACAGUGGCUUGUCUACCCUGCGAGAUUCCAACGAGUAUGACUCGGAGGUGGAGUACAAGCACCAGAGGGGAUUCCAGAGGUCGCACGGCGUGCAGGAGAGCUUUGGGGGUGAUGCUUCGGACACGGACGUUCCUGAUAUAAGGGAUGAAGAGACAUAUGGCUCAGAAGGCGUGGCUUCCAUCCUGGACUGGAAGCCCCCAGGAUCUGCUAGUGAAGGCAGCGUCACUAGCCCCUCAAGAAAGCCCAUCUCCGCGCUUUCACCACAGACAGACAUAGUGGAUGAGAGCCAUAAAUCUUCCAGCUCGCAGAAAGCUUACAAGAUUGUGCUGGCCGGGGAUGCUGCAGUGGGGAAGUCGAGUUUCCUCAUGAGACUUUGCAAGAAUGAAUUCCGAGGAAACACAAGUGCUACCCUGGGCGUUGAUUUUCAAAUGAAAAUGCUCAUCGUAGAUGGAGAACGGACAAUACUGCAGCUUUGGGAUACAGCUGGCCAGGAGAGAUUCAGAAGCAUUGCCAAGUCUUACUUCAGAAGAGCAGAUGGUGUUUUGCUGCUGUAUGAUGUUACGUGUGAGCAAAGCUUUCUUAAUGUACGAGAAUGGGUAGAUAUGAUUGAGGAUGCAGCCCAUGAGAGCAUUCCCAUCAUGUUGGUAGGAAACAAGGCUGAUCUUCGUGAUGCUGCUGAAGCAGAGGGACAAAAAUGUGUCCCAGGGUACUUAGGAGAAAAACUGGCCAUGACCUAUGGGGCAUUAUUUUGUGAAACAAGUGCCAAAGAUGGUUCAAAUAUAGUGGAAGCUGUUCUCCAUCUUGCUCGGGAAGUGAAAAAAAGAACUGAUGAGGAUGACAGCAAAUCCAUUACCAAUCUGAGUGGCACUAGUUCCAAAAAGUCAACCCAGAUGAAGAACUGUUGCAAUGGUUAAUUCCAAAACAUCCUCGGCCCACAAAGCCUCCAUUCCCAGGAUACCCGAACACCUUGGCUGCCAGCAUUCACAUCCUUAAAUAAUGAACAGUGAAAGAAAUGUUAUGUGUCGUUUUGAAAAACCAUCUCUUUUGAAGAGGAAUUGUGGUUAGGGUACAGGUGAGUCAGUCCUUUGAGGUGACUCGGGACUCAUCCUCACCGACAGCCUCAGGGGUUGCUCUCCUGGAAGCUGUGCUGCCUCCCUGACUUCCCCACUGAAAUGUCUCCAAGAGCCAAAGGAGUCAAUACCUGACCCCAGGGUGGGUCAGCGAGGCAUGGUCUCUGGUUUCAAUUUUCAGUGGCCAGAACCAACUAAGUUAUUCCCAACCAGAGACUUGAACUUAACGUGAUUCAUAGGUCCAGGUCCCAAGUAGCCUACUGAAAAAAUAAUAGCUCUUAUUGUACUACGUAAGCUAAAAACGUCCCUCUUACAGAAUUAAAACAACUCUAUUUACAAUUUUUAUGAUCAGACCUUAAAUUCUCCAAGGUUUUUUGUUGUUGUUGUUUUUUUUUAAUGACAAUUGGGUAGUAUGUUAACAAAGCUUAUAAAUAGCCACAACAUCCAUUUAGCUUUUCAAAGUGUGCCUUCUCUCUGCUGGUGAUAUCUAAUUGGGUUUUGUUCUUUUUCACUGGUUCUGUCUUCAACAACUCUACCAUGGAUUCCUGUUUCCUGGUUUUUGGUCUCAGAGGGGGAAAAAAAGUUUACGUUUUUUACUAAAAAGAAUACCUUGCUGGUGGGGAACUGUCAAACUGAUCCAAGGAGGGAUGGUUAUUUUUGUGCCAUGGUGCAAUGAAAGUUUGACCACUGCUGUUUGCCUCGGUGGCAUCUGUGGAGCCCCGGUUAGAACAGACCUAACAGACCUGUGUGUUGAUAUAUGGUGUUCAAGUUUAGGAGUUUGAUGCAGUUGCACAAAACUGUGUUAGUAUACAUGUUAUUGUGUUGUCUUUAUUUAUUUUCCCCCAAAGUGUCUAUAUGUGUCUUACAAUAUGUAUAUAAUAGUAUAUACCUUUGAUACAGAAGUAUUAUCUUGCUCUUUGCUUCUGGACUAUAGGGGCAGUAACCCAAACUGAUUAGAUUACAUAGGUACCUGUGAUAAAUGAAGCAAACAUCUUUAACUAUCUUAACGUGGAUAAAUAUUUUUGCAACAAAAUUCAAAUUAGACUUACAGCUUUCAAAUUAGACUUAUAGCUCUGAUUAGAGAUCCUAUUUUUUUUUUUUAAUUUUUUUUCCAGUGGGUUUUGUCAUAUAUUGAUAUGAAUCAGCCAUGGAUUUACAUGUAUUCCCAAUCCCGAUCCCCCCUCCCACCUCCCUCUCCACCCUAUUCUAGAGAUCCUAUUUAAAGAAAAGCUACUGAUAGCUCUUUCACUGCCCUGCUAGGAAACUAAGUUUAUUAUCAACAUUUGAUUUUAUGAAGCUGUUCCCAAGUUUAGAGUUUAUUUUUGGUAAUAAUAAAAACAGCUAGUGUUUUUAACUUGAACUUAAUUUGCUACACUUUCUAUUCAUCUUGUCUCAAUUACUCCUUGGAGAGCUUUUAAAAUCACAAUUACCCUAUACUCUUUUUUAUGUAUCCUGACACUCUGGAUAUUAUUUUAGUUUCAACAUGAAAAGAACACUAGCUAUAGAAACAUUUUUCACUGUUAACUUCUGGCCUCGUGCAUUUUCAUAAUUUAUUUUUUUCCACUUGCUGUUUUAUAUGAUAUAUGUGACAUCUGAUUAUUUAAUACUAAAUGUGAUCUGCAUAAAGCCCAAACCACACAAUUCUCUUGCUGAAGAUAAAAUUGAGCUUAAAGAUAAAGAUUUAUUUUCAUAUUUGUACAGUGAUUGGCUUCAGAGUCAUGGUUUUCAUGGGCUUUUAUUGUAUGUAUGUGUAAGAAAUUUCAUACAUAUAUAUUAAGAAGACCUCUAAGUAAUGAAAUAAUUAUUUAUGAUUUUGAUUUACAUGGUUUACAUUUUCAUAAUAGUGGCUGUAUUUCAUUUAUACUGUUUCUCUUCAAACCAUUAAUAAUUAUCCCACAAUGUGUAAUUUAUGGUAGUACAAACGUCUAAAAAAUACAUUAUAUUUUCUGCAUCAUAAAUUCAGUUAAAAAAAAAACUCACUUGCUUUGGUCUUCUGGUGUUUCCUCCAGCUUUGCUGCAGGCAUUGCUGAAGUAGUUUUAGUUCUGGGAUGUGCCUACAUGAAACUGCGCCUCUAAAACCCUGGCCCGGGCAGCUAGCUGGGGAAGAAAGGGGUGGUGUGUGGUACCGUGGCACGUCUUGUCCUCUCGACCAGGGGGGUUACAAGUCGACCAGCUUUGGGGUGUGACAUCCAGGAGUAGUGAGGCAUUCGUAGAAAACCGGCAGGACGUACUCUGGCCAUCCUCCUGACCUUGGGUUAGGCCCCUUCUCUGACACCCUCCGGCCCCACCCCCCAACCCACCCUGCCUAGCUAACUCCUGCUGUUCCUCUGCUUUAGCUUAAACGUCACUUCCUUCAGGAAGUCUCGCUAUGCAUCCUGGUUUGGAUGUGGCUGCCUGCUCUGCCUUGUUUAGUACCCUUUCUAACUGGUCAGCAUCCUUACUGACUUCAUACUUGUUUAACUAGACAUAUUCUUUGAGCUUUAUCCCUGUUGUUUGCUGCUGCCGCCCCUCUGCUGCACACAGUGCUUGAAUGGGUGAUCAAAGAAAACUGUUUAAAUAAGGCAGGCUUUGCAGUUUCUGCAGACCCACAUACACAGAGACAUACACACACAACAGAAUAAGAGGCAGUAUAUUUUAGUGGCCACAGGUCUGAGCUCUGUAGCCAGCCUGCUUGGGUUUGAACCUUGCCUCAUGAACCUUCUAGUCAGUAACUAUGAAUAAGGAGCUUAUUUAACCUUUGUGUACCCCAGUUUCUUCAUCAGUAAAACAGAGAUGAUAACAGUACCUUUUUCAUGGAGUGGUUAUGAGGACUAAAUAAGUGUAUGUAUGGAAAGUGCUGAGAAUAGUGCCUGGCACUUUGAUCAAUUUAGUUCAGUCGCUCAGUCAUGUCCGACUCUUUGUGACCCCAUGGACUGCAGCACCCCAACCUUCCCUGUCCUUCACAAUCUCCCGGAGCUUGCUCAAACUCAUGUCCAUUGAGUCAGUGAUGUCAUCCAACCAUCUCAUCCUCUGUCAUCUCCUUCUCCUCCUGCCUUCAGUCUUUCUCAGCAUCAGGGUCUUUUCCAGUGAGUCAGCUCUUCACAUCAGAUGGCCAAAGUAUUGGAGCUUCAGCUUCAGCAUCAGUCCAUCCAAUGAAUAUUCAGGGUUGGUUUCCUUUGGGAUUGACUGGUUUGAUCACCUUGCAGUCCAAAGAACUCUCAGGAGUCUUCUCCAACACCACAGUUCAAAAGCAUCAAUUCUUAGGUGCUUGGCCUUCUUUAUGGUCCAACUCUCACAUCCAUACAUGACUACUGGAAAAACUAUAGCUUUGAUUAGAUGGACCUCUGUUGGCAAAGUGAUGUCUCUGUUUUCUAAUAUGCUGCCUAGGUUUGUCAUAGCUUUUCUUCCUAGGAGCAAGCAUCUUUUAAUUUCAUGGCUGCAGUCACCAUCCACAAUCAUUUUGGAGCCCAAGAAAAUAAAGUCUGUCACUGUUUCUGUUGUUUCCCCAUCUGUUGCCAUGAAGUGAUGGGACCAGAUGCCGUGAUGUUAGUUUUUUGAAUGUUGAGUUUUAGGCCAGCUUUUUCCACUCUCCUCUUUCACUUCACCAGGAGAGGCUCUUUAGUUCUUCUUGGCUUUCUGCCAUGAAGGUGGUGUAGAGUAAUUUCUGUCCUUUUGAUUACCAUGAAUCUCAGCACGUUCCUCUUAGGGUUUAACCUGCCGGGGACUCUCUAUGUUUGGAGAGAGCAACGUAGACCUGGUUGACUAUUUCCUUUUCCAUGUUGGGAUUUUCAGCUAUUAUCUCUUCAAAUAUUUUCUCAGAUCCUUUUUUCUUCUUCUGGGACCCCCUAUAAUGCGAAUGUUGAUGAGUUUAAUGUUGUCCCAGAGGGGUCUUAGACAGUCUCCGUUUUAUUUCAUUCUUUUUUUCUAUAGUCUCUUCUGCAGCAGUGAUUUCCACCAUUUUGUCCUCCAGGUCACUUAUCCAUUCUUCUGCCUCAGUUAUUCUGCUAUUGAUUAAUUCUAGUAUAAUCAUUUCAUCUCUCUUUGUUCUUUAGUUCUUCUAGGUCUUUGGUAAACAUUUCUUGCAUCUUCUCCAUUCUGUUUCCAAGAUCCUGGAUCAACUUCACUAUCAUCAUUCUGAAUUCUUUUUCUGGAAGCUUGCCUGUCUCCACUUCAUUUAGUUGUUUUUCUUGUCCCUUCAUCUGGGACAUAACCUUCUGCUUUUUCAUCCUGAUUAACUUUCUUUAAUGUGGUUUUGGUUUAGCUGUGAGAUUGUGGUUCUUCUUGCUUCUUCUGUGUGCCCUUUGGUGGAUGAGGCUAAGAAGCUUGUGUAAGCUUCCUGAUGGGAGGGAUUGGAGGUGAGUAUUGGGUCUUGCUCUAGUAGGCAGGGCCAUGCUCAGUAAAGCUUUGACCCGAUUAUCUGCUGAUGGGUGGGGUUGCACUCUCUCCCUGUUAGUUGUUUAGCCUGGGGCGACCCAGCCCUAGCAUCUGUGGGCUCUAUGAUAGGGUUAUUGAUGACCUCCAAGAGAACUUAUGCCAAGGGGCACCUGCCAGGACUGCUGCUACCCCUGCCCCCAAGGUGAGCCCCUGCUGACCCACACCUCCACAGGAGACCCUCCAACUCUAGCAGGCAGGUCUGGUUCAGUCUUCUGUGGGGUCGCUGCUCCUUUCCACUGUGUCUUGAUGCGGACAAGAUUUUGUUUGUACCCUCCAAGACUGCAGUCUCUGUGUCACCCAGUCCUGUGGAAGUCCUAUAAUCAAAUCCCACUGGCCCUCAAGGUUAGAUUCCCUAGGGAUUCUCAAUCUCUCUGCCAGAUUCCCAGGCUGGGAAGCCUGACAUGGGGCUCAGAACCUUCACAACAGUGGGAGAAGUUCUUUGCUAUUAUUGUUCUCCAGUUUGUGGCUUUCCCACCCGCCAGGUAUGGGAUUUGAUUUUAUUUGAUUGCACCCCUCCUAUCAUCUUACUGCCACUUCUUUGUCUUUAGACGUGCUCUAUUUUUUUUUUUUUUUUUUUGGUGGGUUCCAGUGUCCUCCUAUUGAUAGCUGUUCAACAGCUAGUUGCAAUUUUGGUUGCUCUCACAGAAGAUGAGUGUAUUUCUUUCUACUCCGUCAUCUCGAACCAGAACCAUAAAAGAGAAGUAAAUCUUUUGAGAGAAAAAUGAGGGUUAGGUCAGAUAUUUAGCAAAUUUUCCGGCAGGCUAUGAAAGGGAUUCCUUGGCACGUUUUUCCCACUGCUUUUUCCUCCUGUCCUUCAGCUCUAUCCCGGGACUCAAGCCCGAGCCCAGCCAAAAAGUAAGCGGUGGAUUUGUUAAGAUUCAGAGAGAAGCCAUGCUUUAGGGUGUGGGCCAUUGCCAAGGGCAAGGGCUGGGUCAUCGAAUGUGGUCUGGUUAGGUUAAUUCAUAUGCUAAUGAGUGGGAGGAUCAUCCCAGCCAUUGGGGAACCACCCACUCCUCCAUCUUUCCACAGUGCCUUAGAGCUGUCCUGCUACCUUUGGGUGUGUCUUUUGGCUUACAGAUUGGGUAUUAAGGUUUACUUGAAUUUGACUUGACACCUUGGACCCAACUGAUUCUAAUUGGUUUACGUUAUGCCCUUGUGUUCUGUCAUUCUUUCAAAAGUUGUGCUCUGCCUCCUUCCCUCCUGUUUCAUGCUCCUUUCCUCAGCCCCGUCCAGGCCCACAAUGUUGCCUCUACAAUCUUCUGGAGGGACAGCCAGAAAAUAGCUGGCCUUGGGAGGGAAGUACUGUAUUUAAUAUCCAACCCCUUAAUCCUACCUAGCACUGGUCAUGCUGGAGACCUUGGGGACACCCAAACUCCAGUCCAGGGGUCCCAGGAGGUCAUCUUGCCUUGACCUGCCUAGGGAUCUGGUCCUAGAAAGGUUGUCACGCCUCAACCUGCUGGGGGAUCUGCCAGUCCCAGGGGUUCCAGGAGGUCGUCACACCUCGACCUGCCCAGAGACCCAAUUCUCAGGAGGCCAUCACACCUCAACCUGCCCGGGGAUUCGAUCUCUAGGAGGCUGUCAUGCCUCAGCCUGCCUGGGGAUCUGCACUCUAACCCGGGGACACCUGGCUCUCAGGUUGCAACAGUACUGGGUAGGAUAAGCUUCAGAAAGACUCACCCCUAAGGAAGUCCACCCAUGGAAACAGAAAGAAGUCUAUUACUUGUGGAACUGUACCCAGUCUCAACAAUAAUUCAGGAGCCCAGUGAGAACACCAUUGCCUUUCUGGAAAGGCUAAAAGAAGCCCUCCAAAAGUUUACCAAUUUGGACUUAGACUCUUAUGAGAGACAGGUGAUUUUAAAUGUGCAUCAGAUAUCAGAAUUAAGUUACAACAGCUACAGCAGCAGAACCCUGCUGCCUCUUUAGAUGAGAUGAUCCAGACAGACACCAAUACCUUUUAUAACAGAGAACAGGAGAAGGAGGCCAAGGCCCAGGAGAAGGGAGAGAAGGAAAGAGACAAGCCAUGCCCAGAUGCUGGCCGCCCUCCAGGGCAGCCCUAUGGCAAACCCUGAGUCCUUGAAGGACAAUGCAUGAGGCAAAUGCCUAAUCUGUAGACAGGCAGGGCAUUGGGCCAAAGUGCCCAAACCGUGACAAGUCUCCUAGAAAGGCUUGCCACAGAUGCCAUCAACUGGGACAUUGGGCAGCACUCUACCCUCGGGACCCAAGAGCCUCAAGGUCAAGUGCCAAGCCUUCCCUCACGAUGGUUCAAGAGGACUGAAGCGGCCCGUUCCAGCCAGCCUGCCUGUCACAGAUAACCAUCACAGGGCUGGAGCUAAGGGUGCAACUGGAUGUGGCAGGUAGAUCCGAGAAUUUCUUGGUUGACACAGGGGUUACCUACUCUGUCUUGAUCUCCUACUCCAGAGCCUUCUCCUCCCAAACCUGUACGAUUUUGGGUGCUACAGGAAAAACAACUACUAAAAGAUUCACCCAAGCACUUCUUUAUUGCUGGGAUGGACAAAUAUUUUCCCACCAGUUUCUGGUGGUCCCUAAGUGUUCUACUCCCUAUGGGAAGAGACAUACUCACUAAACUGGGGACCACCCUUGCGAUAGGAAGCUUUUCAGCCCCUAGAACUCUACAGCUCCUGGUUACUACUGAAGAACCCAUUACACCUUCUCCAAUAGAGAGGGACCAAAAACUAUGGGAAGACAAAAUUAACCCCCAGGUGUGGGACCAGGGAAUUUCUGGACGAGCCCACCAAGCUGAACCAGUCCCACUCUGAGAUCCCACUUGGUUUCCCAACUGGAAAAAAUAUCCCCUCAAAAGAGAGGCUCGAGAAGGAUCAGAGUCUUUAAUAAAUAAAUUCCUUGCUUAUGGGCUAUUGGUCCCCACCAGCUCACCAUGUAACACCCCAAUCCUCUCAGUAAAGAAAAUGGACGGAACCUGGCGAAUGGUUCAAGAUCUCCAGAUCAUAAAUGAAUCUGUAGUCCCCCUCCAUCCCACAGUACCCAAUCCCUAUGUAAUCUUGGGAGAAAUCCCACCCAGUGCCAAGUGGUUCACGGUCUUGGAUCUCAAAGAUGCCUUUUUUUGCAUACCACUAGCUAAAGAAUCCCAAUAUCUUUUUGCCUUUGAGUGGGAGGCCCCAGGAGAAAAACACCAACAGAUGACUUGGACAGUAUUACCUCAGGGGUUCAGAGAUAGCCCCCACUUGUAUGGACAGGCCCCUUGCUGGGAUCUCCUAGAUCUGGACCUGGGACCUAAUGGGAAGAUUACAAUAUGUAGAUGACCUACUAGAUGAUCUCCAGAUGAGAAAAAUGCCCAACAACAUGCAAUUCAGGUUCUAAACUUUGUGGCAGAAAGGGGAUAUAAAGUCUCCCGUGCUAAGGCACAGAUGGUUGAGACAAAGGUCACUUACCUGGGAGUUCAGAUUACACAUGGGUCCGUGAGGCUGUCCUCUGAUCGGGUAGAAGCAAUCCUCCAGUUGCCCUCCCCCACGACUCGAAAACAAUUGUGAGCUUUCCUGGGGCUAACUGGGUAUUGUAGAAUCUGGACACCCAACUAUGGUCUAAUUACCCAGCCCUUAUAUGAAAGCUUACAGGGAUGGGAUGAUUCAAUCCCACUGAUGUGGGGAACUCCUCAAAAGAAGGCAGAGGCUACACUAAAACAGGCCUUAACUCAGGCACCUGCCUUGAGGUUACCAGACCCAGAAAAAGCAUUCCAACUUUAUGUCCAUGAAAGACAGGGAAUAUUGUAAAGUAAUUAGCCUCCAACUAAUAUAAAUAAAUGAAAAAAAAAAAAAAGGAAUAGCCUUGGGAGUGUUAACUCAAAGGUUGGGAUCUGAGCCCCAGCCUGUAGCUUAUUAUCCAAGAGACUCAAUCCAAUCAUCCAAGGCUGGCCCUCCUGCCUUCGAAAUCUUGCAGCUAUUGCAAUCAUGAUAGAAGAUGCUUUAAAACUCUCCUUUGGGGGCAAACUAUUUUUACCAGCCACCAAGUAAAACAACUCCUAAAUGGGAAAGGCCAUUUAUGGAUAUCUGAUCAAAGAAUCCUCAGAUAUCAAGUAAUGCUGAUGAAAAAUCCAGGCCUCACUAUAUCCCCUUGUGAGGUUCUUAACCCAGCCACCCUCCUGCCUACCCCCAAGAGCUCUCUCACCUUUCAC